UCUGGCGUAUGGGGCUAGUUGAGACAGAGGAAGAAAGCAGCUGAGAAUAUUGAAUCUCAAACUGGAUCAAGCUCUUUCAUUAGAAUCUCAUCCGGAAAAGUGGAAAUGGACAACUACAAUGUGCAGUGAAUCUGGAAAUUUCGGCGUUUUACUGCAAUAAUAAGUAGCCCGCCACCACUAUCCCUUCCUCAUUCGUCCUCGUUACUUGUUUUGACCAAACAAUCUUCACUUCCCCUUCUCUCUCUCUAGGGCGGUCUUUCCACCGUCUCCGGUGAUCGGGGAUCUCAGCUCCGUCCAAUUUCAACUGGGGUUUUGUAGAUUCAUCGAUUUCGGAGCGAAUUUCUUCACUGUUGCUGUCGGUUUUGUCCGAGGAUUCCGGGCUUUGGUUUCUUCAUUUUGUGAUUUGUGGUGUUCUUUGAUGUCAACGGUGUCGUCUUCGAGGGGUUUGUGUGACGAGGGGGAUUGGCCACCAGGGUUUCGGUUUCACCCGACGGAUGAGGAGUUGAUUCUCUAUUACUUGAAGUUCAAGAUCUGUGGACGCAAAUUGAAGCUUGAUAUCAUCCGUGAGACCGAUGUUUAUAAGUGGGAACCCGACGAAUUGCCUGGUCAAUCUAAGUUAAAAACUGGUGAUAGACAAUGGUUCUUUUUCAGUCCUAGGGAACAUAGGUACCCAAAUGCGUCAAGAUUGAGUAGAGCUACAAGAUAUGGCUACUGGAAGGCCACAGGAAAGGAUCGAAUAAUACAGUGCAAUUCACGUAAUGUUGGAGUGAAGAAGACACUGGUGUUCUAUCUAGGUCGUGCUCCUAAUGGUGAACGUACUGACUGGGUUAUGCACGAGUAUACCUUGGAUGAGGAUGAGCUUAAGAGGUGUAAGAAUGUAAAGGAUUACUAUGCACUCUACAAACUUUAUAAGAAAAGUGGACCUGGGCCAAAAAAUGGCGAGCAAUAUGGAGCACCAUUUAGAGAAGAAGAUUGGGUUGAUGAUGCUGGUUGUCUGGAGCCACAAGUGAAAAUAGUUGAUGAGGUUGAUCCUGUAGUUUGUGAAAGAGAUAAUGGUCAAAUUCAGAUUUCAUCAGAGGACAUCGAGGAGUUUAUGAAACAAAUGGUAAAUGAUCCUGUUCUAGAGUUGCCAUUAGUCAAUGGUUAUCAUCAACUUGGCUCUGCUUUGCAGGUUGAUGAUAAAGAAGAAACUGCAAGUACUAUGAUCGAUGAUUACACUCAUGAGCACAUACUUCCUCAACUGGAUAAAGUAUGCCACUUUAGUGUUCAACCCAGUGAUUUGAAUGCAAGCUUUGACUUUACCCAGUCUGGUAUCUCUCAGUUGCAACCAUUUGAAGCCGAGGUUUCAUCAGCUCCUAAAGAUUGUGAGGAAGAAGGAGAUUUCUUGGAGAUCAAUGAUCUCGUUGGUUCUGAACCAACUCCUGUGGCAAAUGUCAACCCUUUGGGAAAUAUACCACCUUCAGAGUUGGAUGGAUUGAGCGAGUUAGACCUGUUCCAUGAUGCAAAUAUGUUUCUUCGCGACUUGGGACCCAUUGCUCCUGAAACAGUUUUAGAUCCAUAUUUGAAUGCUCUUGAUGUUGAUGUUGCAGACAAUUCGAAUGGUAAUUGGCAAUAUGAUCCCUAUCAACAAAUUCAGACGGACAAUGUAUUCUGGAAGAACAAUGAGACAGAAAAUGCCUUUAGCAUUCAAUCAAAUGGACAUUCAUUCAAUCAAAUUCCUGAAUCACAUGGACAGUUUGUUACUCAAUCAAAUUUAGGUGUGGGAUAUGAAUCUGUAAGUUCUACAGCAGCAGGAACAAGGGAGAUUCAAAGUGCAAAUGAUGGAGGCGGUUCUACAAGUUGGUUCUCUUCCAACUUGUGGGCCUUCGUUGAGUCGAUACCGACCACUCCCGCAUCAGCUUCAGAGAAUGUCAACCGCGCUUUUGAGCGGAUGUCUAGCUUUAGCAGAUUGAGACUAAAUACUCUGAACACCCUUAACACCAAUGUUGCCGUUCGAAAUCCUGAGACGGGUGCAAGGAGGAGAACGGGUAUGAAUAAAGGAUUCUUUUUAUUUUCAAUUCUUGGAGUAUUGUGUGCAAUUCUGUGGGUGUUGAUAGGAAAUGUUAGAUUAUCUGGUAAUUUCAUUUCUUCAUGAAACUAUUUCAUGAAAGCUGUGCCAUCUUCUUUUAUACCUUUGUUAUAUGCAUAUCUUAAAGUUCCAAUAUUCAUGAUAACUGAAUAUUGGAUGUAAAGCAAAUCUUAGUUACCGCUGAUUAUAGAUGCGAGUUCUAUGAAAUCUAGUUUGAUUUCGAUUCACAGGUC